GCACGAAACUCCAGCGCAAGACUCACCGUGCCGCCGCGAGCCCCGCUGUGCCGUGGAGCGGAGAGGAUCCGCGGGCGAGAGCAUCGCGCGUGGGACCGAGCGCCCCACCAGGCUGAUUGUCCUAGCGGAGCUGGGCUGUGAUUCUUAGUGAUCCUGUGGCUGAGGUUGGCUCCUUGACCGUGGGGCAGCCGGACACGUCGCCUGGAGUGAUACUGGGGCGCCUGCCUGCUAGCAGCUGGGACUAAAAACCCGUCUUCAGAGACCUAAGAGAGCUCUCACCCGGAGCGCCAUCGCCGUUGGCCUUCUUUGUGCGCCGCCCAGACCCCCAGCUCCCAGACGGGCCGCCCGAGCCCGGGUACAAAGCGGUCCCACCACUGCCCGCCUCCCCCGCACUCGCUCCAGCUCGUUUCCCAACUCGGUGCCGUCAGGCCGCGGUAGGAUGAUCGCCUCGCAUCUGCUCGCCUACUUCUUCACGGAACUCAACCAUGACCAAGUGCAGAAAGUCGACCAGUAUCUCUACCACAUGCGACUCUCUGAUGAGACCCUUCAGGAGAUCUCUAAGCGGUUCCGCAAGGAGAUGGAGAAAGGGCUUGGAGCUACUACCCACCCCACUGCUUCAGUGAAAAUGCUGCCCACCUUUGUGAGGUCUACUCCAGAUGGGACAGAACAUGGAGAGUUCCUGGCCCUGGACCUUGGAGGGACCAACUUCCGUGUGCUGUGGGUGAAAGUAACGGACAAUGGCCUCCAAAGGGUGGAGAUAGAGAACAAGAUCUACGCCAUCCCUGAGGACAUUAUGCGGGGCAGCGGCACCCAGCUGUUUGACCACAUUGCCGAGUGCCUGGCCAACUUCAUGGAACAGCUACAAAUCAAAGACAAGAAGCUCCCGCUGGGUUUUACCUUCUCCUUCCCCUGCCACCAGACUAAACUAGAUGAGAGCUUCCUGGUCUCGUGGACUAAGGGGUUCAAGUCCAGUGGUGUGGAGGGCAGAGACGUGGUGGCUCUUAUCCGGGAGGCCAUCCAGAGGAGAGGGGACUUUGAUAUUGAUAUCGUGGCUGUGGUGAACGACACAGUUGGGACCAUGAUGACCUGUGGUUAUGAUGACCAGAACUGUGAAAUUGGUCUCAUUGUGGGCACGGGCAGCAAUGCCUGCUACAUGGAGGAGAUGCGUCACAUCGACAUGGUGGAGGGCGACGAGGGGCGGAUGUGCAUCAACAUGGAGUGGGGGGCCUUUGGGGACGACGGCACGCUCAACGACAUUCGUACUGAGUUUGACCGGGAGAUCGACAUGGGCUCGCUGAACCCCGGGAAGCAACUAUUUGAGAAGAUGAUCAGUGGGAUGUACAUGGGGGAGCUGGUGAGGCUGAUCCUAGUGAAGAUGGCCAAGGAGGAGCUGCUCUUUGGGGGGAAGCUCAGCCCAGAGCUCCUCACCACAGGCUGCUUUGAGACCAAGGAUGUUUCAGAUAUUGAAGGCGAGAAGGAUGGCAUCCGGAAGGCCCACGAGAUCCUUGUACGGCUGGGCCUGGACCCAACACAAGAGGACUGUGUAGCCACUCGCCGGAUCUGCCAGAUUGUGUCCACACGCUCAGCCAACCUGUGUGGGGCCACUCUGGCAGCAGUGCUGCGGCGCAUCAAGGAGAACAAAGGAGAGGACCGGCUGCGCUCCACCAUUGGGGUCGAUGGCUCCGUCUACAAGAAACACCCCCACUUCGCCAAGUGUCUUCACAAGACUGUGCGGCGCCUGGUGCCUGACUGUGAUGUCCGCUUUCUCCGCUCUGAGGAUGGCAGUGGCAAGGGGGCGGCCAUGGUGACAGCAGUGGCCUACCGGCUGGCCGAUCAACACCGAGCUCGGCAGAAGACCCUAGAGCCUCUGAUGCUGAGCCAUGAGCAGCUGCUGGAGGUCAAGAGGAGGAUGAAGGUGGAAAUGGAGCAAGGCCUGAGAAAGGAAACGCAUGCCAAUGCCCCUGUCAAGAUGUUGCCCACCUAUGUGUGUGCCACCCCUGAUGGCACAGAGAAAGGUGACUUCUUGGCCUUGGACCUGGGGGGGACGAAUUUCCGGGUCCUGCUGGUACGCGUGCGGAAUGGGAAGCGACGUGGGGUGGAGAUGCACAACAAGAUCUACUCCAUCCCGCAGGAUGUCAUGCAUGGCACAGGGGACGAGCUCUUUGACCACAUCGUCCAGUGCAUUGCUGACUUCCUCGAGUAUAUGGGGAUGAAGGGCGUGUCCCUGCCUCUGGGAUUCACCUUCUCCUUCCCCUGCCAUCAGAACAGACUGGAUGAGAGCAUCCUCCUCACGUGGACAAAAGGCUUCAAGGCAUCUGGCUGCGAGGGCGAGGAUGUGGUCACCCUGCUGAAGGAAGCGAUUCACCGGCGAGAGGAGUUUGACCUAGAUGUGGUUGCCGUGGUGAAUGACACAGUUGGAACAAUGAUGACCUGUGGCUAUGAGGAUCCUCACUGUGAAGUUGGCCUCAUCGUUGGUACGGGCAGCAAUGCUUGCUACAUGGAGGAGAUGCGGAACGUGGAACUGGUGGAAGGGGAGGAAGGGCGGAUGUGUGUCAACAUGGAGUGGGGCGCCUUUGGGGACAAUGGAUGCCUAGAUGACUUCCGCACUGAAUUUGAUGUGAUGGUGGAUGAGCUUUCCCUCAACCCUGGCAAACAGAGGUUCGAGAAAAUGAUCAGUGGCAUGUACCUGGGCGAGAUUGUCCGUAACAUCCUCAUCGAUUUCACCAAGCGUGGACUCCUUUUCCGCGGUCGCAUCUCAGAGCGACUCAAGACACGGGGAAUCUUUGAAACCAAGUUCCUGUCUCAGAUUGAGAGUGACUGCCUGGCACUGUUGCAGGUCCGGGCCAUCCUGCAGCACUUGGGGCUUGAGAGCACCUGUGAUGACAGCAUCAUCGUCAAGGAGGUGUGCACUGUGGUGGCGCGGAGGGCAGCCCAGCUCUGUGGUGCAGGCAUGGCCGCUGUGGUGGACAAAAUACGAGAAAAUCGUGGACUGGACACCCUCAAAGUGACUGUGGGCGUGGAUGGGACCCUCUACAAGCUACAUCCUCACUUUGCCAAAAUCAUGCAUGAGACGGUCAAGAGCCUGGCUCCGAGAUGUGACGUGUCCUUCCUGGAGUCCGAGGAUGGCAGCGGAAAGGGGGCGGCUCUCAUCACUGCUGUUGCCUGCCGCAUCCGUGAAGCUGGACAGCGAUAGAGCCCCUGAAAUUGGAAGGGGCUUGCUCUGCUUCCCUCUCUUCCCUGUUGUAAUUUUAAACUAUAAGGUCCCACCCACUUGUGCCAGACACUCUUGGCUUUUCCUCGGCACAGAGGAUCCCGUCAGACUGGGUUUUGCCUCUGCAUAUACUCACUGUAAAGUGUGGUGCCCAAGCCUUGGCCCUCCCAAGAUAAAUACAAUUUGAAGUAAGGAUUCGUUCACACCUGUCACAACCAUCCCUAUUGGUUCUCUUAAAAAUUCUUUAAAAUCCUACCCCCCUGGCCAAAUUCCAUGUCCCUAUAUAAUCCUAUAGGAUGAGGACACUAAUGUAAAGGCUCGGUUGCUUCAUCUUGGAGCCUGAACUUGGCAUUUCUAGGGGGAGAGCACCCCCCCAGCAAGGAUAUUGUUACUGUUUCUUCCAUCAGAGGCUGGGGAAGUCCCCACUAACUUGAGCCCGAUUCUCCUACAGACAGGACAUGGCAGGGAGGGGGCGACAAUGAAGGGGAAUCCAUGAAUAUCCACCUGGAAGCCCCUCUUUGACCUCAUCUACGAGCAUUUGCCCUGUGGAUUCCUGGAAUCAAGGGGUACAGCCCUGAGUCUGGGCGAGUGAAACCAAAGCCAAGAGUUGACAGCGUUCUGCAAGUGGCUGGCCACGCAUCUCACUGCAGAAUUAUCUAGGAGCAACGGACCUUUGGGGGAGCGGCGGCUUUCUGUUUGUUUUUUAAAAUUUUCCUGCAAAAGUGGAAAACACUGUAUUUUUCAUUGUAAUUUAUGUUUGGAAUUUGUUUAGUUUGUGAAGUAGAUCUGCACCUUCAUCUUGACACUGUAUGUAAUGGUCGGUUGUAUGCAAUGUAUUUAUAUGUUAAUUUGCUAUGUAUAUAGAUGUGCAGGGACUUGUCAGACUGGGCCUCAUCAGCAAAUCAGUGGGGUUAAAGGAUGGAAGGUGAAGAUACUGCCUGGUUACUAGAAAUACCUCAUUCACCUGUGGGGAAGUGAAGAGGGACCUCUUCCAGGUGAGUGACGAGCAAAGCGGCUGCUCCCUGGCCCCUCCUUCCCCUGUGGACUGGGAUGUGGAAGGUGAGGACGAGCGUCAGAGGCUGGGCCAUCACUGAAGAACCACAGCACCUUGCUGCUGUGUCUCGAGCCUUUCCUGGCAAUAUUACAUAUGUUCUUAACCAAAGGAAACGGGAAUCAUUUCAAAUAGACUCCUUUCUUAGAAGCCUUUAUUCUUAGGGCAAUCACUAGUAUUUUCAAGCUCUCUGACAGGAUAAAGAUGCCACCGACGUUUUAUUUUUAACUGUGUCUACUUGCUCAAAAGCAAAACAAUCAACAACAACAACCACCAAAAACCUCAGGGACAACAUUUUUGGCGUAUUUGUGCCCUUCUGGCAAAUUUCACUUUGGGUUGGUUUAGCAAAUGUUUGACAAAAAGUGUUGUCUGUGUGCUUCCCUAGGCUGCGCUGGCAUCAAUCUGCUGAUCCAUUUGUGUGUCUUUAUACACAGUAUUGAUGUCACACUGCUGGGAGGGAUGGGAGCAGCAUAAAAGCCUCCGUACCCUACUUCCCAAGAGCCCAGUUAAUUCUGAAUCUGAAAGCCCUCUUCUGCCCUAAAAUCCACACACCCACACUCUUAGGGAAGCUGCAUACCACACAAUGAAGAGGGAAUGGCCUUGUAGCACUAUUGAAUAGGAUGCAAGGAUCAAAACAGAAAGGUAGAGAGAAGCUCACAACUCAAUAGCAUCCAAUCUGUGCACAUUUACCAAAGUUGUAUGAGAAAAAGAUCUGAUUAUAUCAUUUUUGGAACAAGGUGGGUUAUGAUGCAUGAAAACUGUGUACAGCACCAGGUUUACCCAGGUCCUCCUGGGAAGUAUGGAGGGAAGAGGGGCUGGCCCUUCUCAUUUGUUCCAGUCUCACUUCACCUGUCUCGUGUGACCCCCUCUGCCAUCUUCCGUCUGCACUAACUGAUCCGAAAUGUGGAUGCCUCUUAACUACACAGAAGCCAAGAGACGCUUCUAGAUUUGUAUGUCACUAAAGUGUGCCCAUGAAAUAGAGAUGAAUUUUUAACUUUGAAACUUGAAUAUUAGGCACCUAUGAAGUUACACAUUUAAAAAAGAGAUCUGUGUGUGUGUGUGUGUGUGUGUGUGUGUGUGUGUGGCUAUUAAGGAUGUGCUGUUGAAAAUGCAAUUUGAAUGUUUGUGUUCCCAGAAUUAGCUGACAGCCCUUUGCUGUUGCUGCUUUGCCUGAUGUAAAUACUGCAGAUCUCGAUCUUUGACCCGGAUGUGUUGAACAGCAGGUCAUCUCAAAUCCUUCCUCAUUCAGCCUACUGGAGAUGUCAUUCUGUAAAAUAAGUAACUAGCUGGAUUAGCUAUGUGAUGUUAGUUAUUAUUAAUAAAUUUUUAACAUUUUAAAAAAUA